CAGGCAGGCGGACUGGCUGUCUGGCAAGGCUGGCGAGCGAGCGAGGGAGCGAGCGGAGCGGAGCAGAGCCGCCCGCGCCUCUGCCCAGAAGCGCUCCAGCGGCGCCAAGGAGCAGGGCACGGGGCCGCCACUUCGGGGACCCAGAGCAGGAGACCCCCGGCCAGCCCACGGAGCAGCAUGCAUCUGGAGCAUGGCUGAGGCGGGCCGAGGAAGCGCUGCCACCACGACCCACGGCGGGCUGCCCCGAAGCGAGAGGAGAGGAAUGAUUGCUGCGUGGGGAGCCUGGUCUUGCUUUUUCCUGGUCGCCACUGUGCACAGCCUCCCGGCAGCCAGGAUUCCUAUUCCAGACCCCGAAGAAACGCCGACAAGAGCACCAUUAGAUUAUUUAAGGACCGAUACAACAUUCCUUGAAGAACUGGUGGUUGGCAGUGGCGAGAACAUCGAACUCCUGUGUAACUCUCCAGUCUCUUCUAUGUCUGUCUUCUGGUAUAAAGAUGGCAUUGGGAUUUCACCUACUAACCGAACUCAUCUUGUCCAGAAGUUGUUAAGGAUUAUCAAUGUAUCUUACGAUGACUCUGGCCUGUACAGCUGUAAGCCAAGGCACUCCACUGAAAUGCUCAGGAACUUCACAGUACGAGUGACAGAUUCUCCAUCGUCAGGUGAUGAUGAAGAGGAAGAUGAAGAUGAAGAUGACUCUGAAGACGGAGUUGCUCCUUACUGGACCCGUCUCGAGAUAAUGGAUCGGAAGCUUCUGGCUGUUCCUGCUGCAAACACUGUUCGCUUUCGCUGCCCGGCUGCUGGGAAUCCCUCUCCUUCUAUACACUGGCUGAAAAAUGGCAAAGAAUUCAAAGGAGAGCACCGUAUUGGGGGCAUCAAAUUGCGACAUCAGCAGUGGAGCCUCGUCAUGGAAAGUGUGGUUCCAUCAGAUCGAGGCAACUACACCUGUGUGGUGCAGAAUAAAUAUGGCAUCAUUUGGCAUACCUACCAGCUUGAUGUCCUUGAAAGAUCACCCCACCGUCCUAUUCUCCAGGCAGGAUUGCCUGCUAACCAGACAGUGGUGAUUGGGAGUGAUGUCAAAUUCCUGUGCAAAGUGUACAGCGAUGCCCAGCCUCACAUCCAGUGGCUGAAACACGUGGAGGUCAAUGGAAGCAAAUAUGGACCAGAUGGGACUCCGUAUGUCACUGUCCUAAAGUCUCUGAUCAGUGCAAACGCUGAAGCCGAUGCUUACCUAAAUUUGUCUAAAGUGACAGAACAAGAUGAAGGCGAAUAUCUAUGUAGAGCCAACAAUUUCGUAGGCAGAGCCGAAAAAUCAUUUUGGCUCCACAUUGACAAAUCAAAACCAGCAGAAAAGCGAGUUGCCGUGGACGAUUCCAGUUCCCUUUAUGCAGGCAUCCUCAGCUAUGGGACUGGCUUUGUUCUUUUCAUCUUGGUGGCCGUGGUGGUGGUUAUCUAUAGAAUUAAAAGGCCCUCCAAAAAACCGAUUAGCACCACUACUGUUCAGAAAGUCUCCAAGUUCCCACUCAAGAGACAGGUAACAGUAUCUUUGGAGUCCAACUCCUCCAUGAAUUCCAAUACUCCUCUAGUCAGGAUCACCCGCCUUUCCUCCAGUGAUGGACCAAUCCUGGCAAACGUCUCAGAGCUUGAGCUGCCUGCUGACCCUAAGUGGGAACUGGCAAGAUCUCGCCUGACUCUAGGAAAGCCACUGGGCGAAGGCUGCUUUGGUCAAGUGGUAAUGGCAGAAGCAAUGGGGAUCGAUAAAGAGAAACCGAACAAGCCUAUCACUGUCGCUGUCAAGAUGCUGAAAGAUGAUGCCACGGACAAAGAUCUUUCUGACUUAGUCUCAGAAAUGGAAAUGAUGAAGAUGAUUGGGAAGCACAAGAACAUCAUUAAUCUCUUGGGGGCCUGCACACAGGAUGGUCCUCUCUAUGUGCUGGUGGAAUAUGCAUCAAAGGGGAACUUGCGAGAAUACCUUAGAGCCCGCCGGCCACCUGGCAUGGAUUACUCUUUCGAUACCUGCAAGCUGCCAGAGGAACAGUUAACAUUUAAAGACUUAGUCUCCUGUGCCUACCAGGUGGCACGAGGGAUGGAGUACCUGGCAUCUCAGAAAUGUAUCCAUAGGGACUUGGCAGCUAGAAAUGUUUUGGUCACGGAAGACAAUGUGAUGAAGAUAGCUGACUUUGGCCUUGCCAGAGAUGUUCACAACAUUGAUUAUUACAAGAAGACAACCAAUGGUCGACUGCCUGUGAAAUGGAUGGCUCCAGAAGCAUUGUUUGACCGUGUGUAUACGCACCAGAGUGAUGUAUGGUCCUUCGGAGUGCUGCUAUGGGAGAUCUUCACUUUGGGAGGCUCCCCCUACCCAGGAAUUCCAGUUGAGGAACUCUUCAAGCUCCUAAAGGAAGGCCAUCGCAUGGAUAAGCCAGCAAACUGCACCCAUGAUUUGUACAUGAUUAUGAGGGAGUGCUGGCAUGCUGUACCUUCCCAGCGGCCAACCUUUAAGCAACUAGUUGAAGACCUGGAUAGAGUCCUGAUAGUGACCUCAACUGAUGAGUACAUUGACCUGUCGGUGCCUUUUGAGCAAUAUUCGCCUGCGGACCAGGAUACCCAGAGUGCCUGCUCUUCAGGAGACGACUCUGUAUUUGCACACGAUCUUCUCUCCGAUGAACCCUGUCUUCCCAAACAGCAAGGAAACGGCAUCGUCAGGACAUGAUGGCAGACACCCGCAAGGAAGAGACUCGUGAAUGUACAUCUUGGGGAAGUCCGGGAGAAAAACCUGAGGGAGGAUUUCAUUACUCUGCUCCGUGGCACAGAAUAUUUGUCUUGCUGCGAAGCCGUACAAAUUCCCCCCGUUUUGUUAUUUGAAAAAAGGAACCAGCGCCAGCACUGUUUGGUCUGAAGGAACGAAUUUUGUGCAGGUUAGCAGCAUCCAGGCAGACAAUGCCUUACCUAGAGGGUGCCGAACCCGCAGCCUCCAAUCAGAUUUCCACUGUGAUUUUUCUGUGCCUGCAGUACCAGGGUGGGAAGUGGGGGUUUUUUCCCAUCUUUUAAAGAGAAAAGCAUGUAAAGAAUGUAGGAAUUCCUUUUCAGAAUGCAAUCAUCACAUUAAUCUUUUGGGUGGAGCUCGGAAGCCCCAUUGCCUGCAGGGAUUCAUACAUUUAUGUAUAUAUCUUUGGGAAUAUAUAGAUAUAUAUUCACCAUCCGCUUUGGAGGAAUUUGAAAGCCAUUCUGAAGAGUUCGUCACUCUUAAAAAGUAUUAGUCCACUUAAAAAGUUGCCUUGAAUUGGCCACAGUGAAGAAUUAGCUGUCUCUUGCACUAGAUUCAGGAACAGAUUAAAAUAAUAUAUGCAGACAGGAAAGAACUUGACUGGAGGUGUUGCAAGGUGUAAUUUAAAAAAACAACAACGGGGGGGUGUCACUUUUUGUGUAUGAUUGCAUUGUGGUGAACUUGUUCUAUAUUUUUCCAGCGGGUUGCUUAUAUAUUGUAAGCAGUGUUGGACCCAAAUCUUGCUACGUGCUCUAUUUAUUUUCCGACUUUCCAGUGUGUUUAGAAAUUCUACAAUGGGGCGUCAAAUUUCUCGCAACGAAUUCCCACAACCUUUUCCCCCAAAGGUUCUUUUCCUCUACCAGCAGAUACUUGGAGAACGUAAUUACGGGUACCUGUAAACAAAGCUCCUUUUAACGUAUCACAAAAAGUUCCUAUUCGCUCGCGUUGUUUUUAUGUGUGUGUGUGGAAACCAUUAAUGCAGCCGCUAGCCAGGCGGAAAAAGAACUUCUCCAAGUCUCAAACCUUUCUAUCUAGAACAUACUGAUUUAAGAGGGUGGUUGUUUUUUUAUCUCGCCUGCUUUCUUGUGUUUAAAAAAAAUAUAUUUUAACAUCAUGUAUAUUUGUAAAAUUAUUUAUAGAUGUUAACAUAUUCUGUUCCUCGGUUUAAAUUGUUUAGUGUUAAUGUAUACAUUAAUUUUUUCACAAAAUCUGAGGUUUUAACUUAUUGAAAGUAUGGAAAGAUAAAUUAAUCAAUAUUUUUUCUUCUGAGUUUGUGGGAAAUAUUAAAAGAAUGUAUAGUUGUACAGUCGUAUAACAAAUCACUGUUAAUACUAGAUUUUUCUUUUCAAAUAAAACAAACAAGUUUUCCCUAGGUUGCAGUAAGUAUAUAUGCACUCUGUAAUACAUUAGUGUUAAAUCCAAACAGAUGGCAGCAGAGAUUUUUUUUACUUCUGUGUAAGAACUAAGAAAUCUUUCAUCGCUUUUACCACUGUGCAUUAAGGGAGGGGGUGGGAGCGAGUGCAUUUUUUAUAUUUUUUGAAUGAAGGUGUUCUUUGUGGUGGACUUGAUGACAGGUAUGCAGCGAAGCUGAAAGUUGACAGCAAAUGAUGUGUGUGUUUGAGGGUUCCCUCCCCGCCCCCCUCUUACCAGUCCCAUUUAUAUUUUCCUGCUGGAGAAAUGGGGAUAAAAUAAUAUUUAAAUUAUAAGUAGGGAAAGUUUGAUUGUAGUCUUUGAGCCUAACAUUUCGUUUGGAAGGGUGGGGUGGAAUGGCAAUAGCGCCCUGUGUUGUACAUUGAAAAACUAUGUGUGCUAGACGAUUCUGUCAAAGCACUUUCGAUAACCAGGAGACAUGCAAAAUGGAAUAAGACCAAUAGAAUUGUAAAUGCUAGGACCUUUUAACUCUUCCCACCACAGAGAAAGAUGUCUAUAGUGAUCCUGAGAUGUUUCUUCCAUCUCCAGAUCGUAAAUUUCACUGAAGUAACAAGUUAGUCCCCAUUCCAGUUUGGUACUCAUUCUAUAAUAAGGAUUUUAUCAAAAUAGUUAAUUUAUAGUGAAGUUUCAAAGAGUGUUUUUUUAAAUAAAUAUAUAUAUAUAUAUAGAUUUAUAUAGAUAACUACUUUUUGCAAUAAAGAAUUAUUGUAUUUUCCUACAGUGUAUGCUAGUUUUGUACAUUCCAAGAAUCUGAAAAGUCACUGUUCAAUCCAGAACAAUGUACAAAUGUGUGCCUGAGUUCAUUUAGAUAUUAUAAAUAUAUAAGCGUUAUAUAUAAAUAUAUAUAAUUUAUUGAGUUUUUACAAAGAUAUAUUGUUGUAAACUUGCCCAGUCUUUUAACAUUCAGCUCUUAUGCAAUUUUAUAGCCAGGAUUUUAAAAGCUUAAACUUUUUCUUUAAAUCUUUUUUUAUGAUUGCUAUUAUUCCUGCUGAUUUCACAAGCUAUACGUUUACACGAUUUGAUAUUUUGAGGAAAAGCUUCUUUAUCUCCUAGUUUCUGUAUUAUUAUUAUGUUUGCUUGGCAGCUGCGGCUGUUAAAAGAUGUGAAACAAACCAACACCGCUUUGCCUUUCUUUGCCUGGCCUCAAAAUAAAAAAGGAAAGUUGAAUGUAA